GGAAGUUGUCUGACAGGAAGUGACACCACUUGGCGGGAAACAAAAAUGUUCUCUGCAGAUCACGCAUUGAGUAGAACGUUUUAUCAACGAUAAACCAAGUUCAUACAUGUAUAUAGAUAGCCAUAGAAAGAUAUGGCCGAUAUUUUGACGCAUGUCUUUAGGACAUUUAUCCAACACAAUGGAAAAACGAAGGAUUUCAAAGUCAUCGCACCAUCAAAAUGCAGUACCUUGGUGGUCGGAGACUGUAGCGUCAACCGUUCGUUGCUGCUACUUGCGGCGGUGACAGCUGCCUCUGAAUUGGGGCUCAAAGUCUCAUUUUUCACUCAGGUUCAAAUUCAGAGCCUUCCAGGAUUAUUAUACGAAUCCAUGUCCAACCUGAGCCCCGACAAUUUGAAGAAAAUCACGUUUUCAUACCCCAGGUCCUUGGAAGAUUUGCUUCAGCACGUGGCCUCUUUGCAUGAAUCAGCCUCUGGAUCUGCUGCCCCUCCGUCGCUGAUCAUCGUGGACGGACUGGAGGGCUACCUGCGUGGGCCUGGGGUGAGUGGUGGCCUUCAGCAGGCAGAGCAGUCCUCUGCUGCACACAUCUCUGCUCUGCUGUAUGACACGGCUGCAUUUCUCUCACAGACCUUGGAAGAGAGAGCCGCUAGUCUGGCCCCCUGUCGGGUCAUAGCCUCGUUCCAGUCCGAGUGGGAAGGGCAUGCUGGUGGGGACUCCUCAGACCCUGUCCUCUCAGUGUUAGACCGCUACUUUCAGGUUAGGUGUACCUUGGACCAGGACUGGAACUCUGCCCCUGCUGUAGCAGGACCACAGGACACGUGGCAUGUUUACCUCUCUGGUGCUGGGAUCACAGAAGACCCUAUUGCUAAGGAUGAGGAGGACUCAAGUCUGGCACGAGAAUGGCGACUGGUCAUUUGCCCCAAUCGCUCAAUGGAGUUUACAAUGGUUUGAAAUCUAUUAAAUGACUUACUAGUGGACAAGGAAUAAAUAAAAGACAUGCAAAAAACAUAUAUACUUAUAUUAAACAAUUGCAUUCCCAAAGACAGAUGCAAGGGGAACAGUUUUUUUCCCCAUUGUACAAAAUGGUUUUCACUAGUGUAUACAAAAGUUUUCAGCAAGGUUUUUAUGUGAAUUAAACCACUCUGACUGAAUUGUACUGUUCUUGACUGCUCUGGCACAAUAUCAUUUGAGUCUGUUCUCCCUUGCCCUGUUGUCUUCUCUCCUACACAAUGUGACUUCACAUUCAACCAUUCAAUUCUAAUUUACAUUACUUUUCUGUCUAACUGUUGUGCUUGUGGCGCUUUCUAAAAUAAUUUGUAGAGGGAAGAUUAGGCUGAUGUUAUAGACGGGACAGCAGAGAACAUCACGAAAAACGAUGUGCACCCUUCAAUGGGGCAGAAGGCUGUGUGUUGUCAUUCUGGAUGGCCAGAUAGCUAACAAUAAUGACAAACUGCCAAGUGGCUCGUUUCAGCUAGUUCUUUAUCUUGUUCUUGAUACCAUGUCUUGUUUUGACUGAUGUCACGUCUACGCUAAUAUGGUAAACAUUAGCUAGCUAACCACCAACUGUAACUAUGUAUUUGAGACAACAAGUGCUCAUUGUACAACCUUUAUGAUUUCAAUAAACAUUGGAGAUGAAAUAUAGUGUACAUGUUGUCA